AUGGAAGACAGCUUUCAAGAGCGAGAAGGAUUAUUCAAAUGGAUGGUCAUGCCUUUCGGCUUAUCGAAUGCACCUAGCACCUUUAUGCGUGUCAUGAAUCAAGCUCUUCAUCCGUUUAUUGGUAAAUUCGUCGUUGUAUACUUUGACGACAUACUCAUCUUCAGCACCACGUUGCAGGAACAUCUUAGCCAUCUCAGGGACGUUUUGUUGGUUCUACGUCACGAGAAGCUCUUCAUUGCUGCGCAUAAGUGUGAAUUUGGCGUGUCACAGGUCUUGUUCCUCGGCUAUGUAGUCUCAGCGACAGGUCUUCGUGUUGAUCCUCAGAAGGUAGCCGCAGUUGCUUCUUGGCCGACACCUACAUCAAUCACAGAAAUACGGAGUUUUCACGGCUUGGCAUCCUUCUAUCGACGUUUCGUGCAUAACUUCAGUGCCAUCAUGGCCCCACUUACAGACUGCAUGAAGAACACGACUUUCUCAUGGUCUUUAGCGGCAUCACAAGCUUUUGAGCUUAUCAAGACUAAGCUUACGACGGCUCCCAUUCUAGUGCUACCCGAUUUUGAUCUUCCUUUUGAGUUGCACUGUGAUGCGAGCAAGCUAGGCAUUGGAGCAGUGUUAAGCCAACAAGGGCGACCUGUAGCUUAUUAUAGCGAGAAGAUGGCCGGCGCACGAGCUCGUUAUAGCACAUAUGACGUUAAAUUUUAUGCAAUUGUUCAAGCUGUCAAACACUGGCGACAUUAUUUAGCCCACAAAGAGUUUGUGUUGUUUACUGAUCAUGUGGCGCUUCGCUAUCUCGGGACGCAGGACAAGAUUUCAUCACGUCAUGCUUCCUGGACAGCCUAUUUACAGCAGUUUACAUUCGUGAUCAAGCAUCCGUCGGGCAAACUCAAUAAAGUCGCCGAUUCCCUAAGUCGCCGUCAUGCAUUAGUUUCUACGUUGAGAGUUAGUGUCGUUGGGUUUGAAUGCCUCGCUGAGUUAUACCCCACUGACGCCUUUUCUCCGCGUCUACGUCUACAGAUCAUCCAGGAGUUACAUAAGGAAGGGCAUGUAGGGCGUGACAGAACACUUAAGCUUGUCGCCGACUCCUACUACUGGCCUUCCCUGCGCAGAGAUGUGGAGCGGUUCGUGGCGCGAUGCACGACUUGUCAGGAGGGUAAAGGACACGUCUCUAAUGCCGGUCUCUAUUUGCCGUUGCCUAUUCCGACUCAGCCCUGGAGUGAUAUCAGUAUGGAUUUCGUCCUUGGCCUUCCUAGAACGCAACGUGGUCAUGAUUCCAUCUUUGUGGUCGUUGAUCGAUUCUCCAAGAUGACUCAUUUUAUUCCUUGCAAAAAAACGACGGAUGCUGUCCAAGUGGCUUCAUUAUUCUUUUGGGAGAUUUACCGUUUACACGGCUUGCCAACCUCCAUUGUCUCAGACCGUGACUCACGCUUCAUUAGUCAUUUUUGGCGUUCUCUUUGGAAGCUCUUUAAGACUAGUUUGAAUAUGAGUUCUGCCUAUCAUCCCCAUACAGACGGUCAAACAGAAGUUGUUAAUCGGAGUUUGGGAAAUAUGUUACGGUGUUUAGUUGGUGAUAACUUGCGUUCGUGGGAUACUCUGUUGUGUCAGGCGGAGUUUGCUCAUAACCAUGCCCAUAAUCGGAGUCUUGGGUAUAGUCCGUUCAAGGUUGUGUAUGGGGUGGUUCCGCGCGAUCCUUUGGCAUUAGCAACAACGCCCCAGCCUGGCGAGUUUCAUGGACGAGCCUUCGAGCUUAUAGAGGAGAUUACUGAUCUUCAUACGCGCGCACAGGAUAAUUUGGCUGGCACUGCGAUAAAAUACAAAAGGGAAGUGGAUAAAAAACGCCGGGAAGUGAACUUUCAAGUUGGUGAUCAUGUUUGGGCCGUGUUGAUCAAGGAACGUUUUCCUACAGGUCGUUACAAAAAGCUCCUUCCUCGCAAGAUUGGCCCUGUCGAAUUCAUUGCUAAGAUUAAUGCAAAUGCUUACAAGCUCCGUCUUCCUGCUCAUAUUCAUACGGCCGAUGUCUUUAAUGUGAAACACCUCUUCAAGUUCGAACCAGAUGACGCCAUGCUAUCCGGAUUCGUGGACGAAUCACUCGUAGGGGAGGGGACCUGA